AUGUUUGGUCUCAAGCUUGUAUCGAUUUUGAGCGCCAUUCUGGGCCUUUCCUCUCUUGCAACAUCACAGAAAACAGUCAGGAUCAAUGCACUUGGUGACAGUAUCACUGGAUCUCCCGGAUGUUGGCGAGCGAUCCUCUGGCAAAAGCUGCAAGCCGCUGGUGUGAAGAACACAGAUUUUGUCGGGACUCUCUCCGGACAAGGUUGCGGUUUUAGCUAUGAUGGAGAGAAUGACGGUCAUGGUGGCUUUCUCGCAACCGGCAUCGUUAGAGACAAUCAACUCCCAGGGUGGCUCUCCCAAUCGAAGCCAGAUAUUGUUAUGCUAGAACUAGGAACUAAUGAUGUUUGGAGUAACAUUGCUCCAGCUACUAUCAUAGCAGCCUUCGACACACUUGUGAACCAGAUGCGAGCUCAGAAAUCGACUAUGAGAGUCCUAGUAGCGCAGAUUACGCCUAUGAACCCAAGUUCAUGUUCGGAUUGUGGGCAACGAGUGAUCGCAUUCAAUGCUGCUAUCCGUGCUUGGGCACCCAACAAAUCGACUGCGGCAUCACCAAUCACUGUAGUGGAUUGCUGGACAGGAAUCAACACAACCUCUGACACUAUAGAUCGAGUUCACCCCAAUUCUUCCGGAAAUACCAAAUUGGCAAACUGCUGGUAUGAACCCCUGAAGGCCGCCAUUGCUCUUGCCGGGUGCCCAUGA